GGGGGCGUGAGCGCAGCGUUGUUGACAGCUGUGUGCGCUGAUGGCGACCUAUCGACGCAACUGCGUAUUCUGAAUUCCUUUCAAAGCUACACAGCCUCCAUGUAAAUACAUAUCUCCGACGCACUCGAUGAUACUGAGUUCUCUGUGGGUAUUUGCAGAAAUGUCAACAAACCGGAGGCUCCAGAUGAGAUAAUCGGUGAGGUUUCUCCUCAUUUCCUCAAGCACUGAGGACCUCUGGACUUUGAAAGCAUCAGUUUUCCUGAGACCUGCUCGUGGGGCUUCCUGAUAACUACAGGAUUAUGUUUGAAGAUCUGCACCACUCGACUCUGGGUUACUUGUUUGGUAUCACUGUUUUUCUGCUGGUCCUCCGUUUUCUUUACUCAAGCUUCAGCUACCAAGAACAGCGGGAGCCUCCAGGACCCAGACGUCUUCCUCUGUUUGGUAACCUGUUUCAGGUGGAUCUGAAAAGGCUUGACCGCAGUCUUUUUGAGUUGUCCAAAAAGUAUGGACCAGUGUUCCAGGUGUACUUUGGAUUUAAGAAGGUGGUGGUCCUGGCAGGAUACAGGGCGGUCAAAGAGGCUCUGGUGAACCACGCUGAGGAAUUUGGAAACAGAGAAAUCACACCUGUUUUUCACGAUUUUGCAAAAGGACAUGGUAUUUUGUUUUCCAAUGGAGACUCGUGGAGAGAAAUGAGACGUUUUGCCCUCACAACACUGAAAGACUUUGGAAUGGGGAAGAAGAUGACUGAAGAGAUAAUCGACGAGGAGUGCCAGCACCUCGUAAAAGAAUUUGAACUAUUUGAAGGAAAAGCCUUCAGCAACACACAGGCCAUCAACUAUGCUACUGCAAAUGUAAUAGCAGCUACGGUGUUUGGUAAGAGAUUCGAUUACAAGGAUCUGAACUUCCAAGCAAUGGUGGAAAGAGACAAUAAAAUCAUACAUCUGACGGGAACAGCUUCUCUGUUGAUAUACAACUUUUUUCCUUGGCUGGGUCCUUUCCUUAAAAACUGGAAGAAUUUGAUGAAGUAUGUGGAAGACGGGAAGGCGGACGCAAGAAAGAUCAUAGAAGAGCUGAAGAAGAGCCUGGACCCUGAUAUCUGCAGAUGUUUUAUUGAUGCGUUUCUGAUUCGUAAAAAACAUCUGGAGGACUCUGGCGUCGAGAACCCGUACUUCCACGACGAUAACCUGCUCUACAGCGUGACAAACCUAUUCGCAGCUGGAAAUGACACGACAGGAAAUACACUGAAGUGGUGUCUUCUUUACAUGGCCAAGUACCCGCACAUUCAAGAGCAGGUCCAGGAGGAGCUGAGCAGGGUGGUUGGAAACCGGCAGAUUCGUGUAGAGGACAGGAAGAACUUGCCGUACGCCGAUGCUGUCAUUCAUGAGUCACAGAGACUUGCCAACAUCGCACCGUUUGCCAUUCCUCAUGCAACUAGCAAAGAUGUUACAUUUCAAGGCUAUUUUAUCCAAGGGGGAACGACGGUUUUUCCUCUUCUUACUUCUGUUUUGUAUGACGGGACCGAAUGGGAGAAUCCUUACAGUUUCAACCCAACACAUUUCCUAGACAGUGAGGGUAAAUUCUGCAGGAGAGAAGCGUUCUUGCCUUUUUCUGCAGGUCGCAGAGUGUGCCCAGGAGAGAGUUUGGCCAGAAUGGAGCUCUUCAUCUUCUUCACCUCCCUCCUUCAGCGCUUUCGUUUCACCCCUUCACCCGGGACUUCAGAAGAUGAGCUGGAUUUAGCUCCUGUUGUGGGCUUCACCCUCUCCCCUCAGCCCCAGAAGCUGUGUGCUCUCCUUCGCAAUUAAAGAAGGAAGCUGGAACAAGGACGGUCUACUAGUCACUAUUAGUCACUACAACAACAGAACCACUUUUGUGGACAAUUAUAGCUGCAUUAAUCUAAACUGAGCAAAUUGUAUUAAGCAGAUUUACUGAAUAUCACAAACUAAUACAUAUAGGCUGGGCAUAAAGAUGUACUCCUGUACUCCUCAUGACAUAAAAGCAUACCUAUGUCCCAAGAGAUCAAUAGCCACUGGUUUUCUGCAAAUAUAUACACUUGCUUCUCGUAAUUAAAUUGUUAAUUCAUUGUAAACUUUGCCAAAUUUUUUGAUCAAUUAUACAUGUUCACAAAUUCCCAAUUAGGAUUUUUUUGGGGGAAAUUUAAUUAGUUUUUUCUUUUCAGUUUUCUUCAUCAGAAGUGACACAAACUAAAGGCAGUUUAAUGUUUUAUCUCUCAACGUUAGCAGCUACUGGCACAGGACUGGAAAAAUUGUUACUGGACCGUUUUUAUUCUCUUUCUGCGUUGCAUAAUAUGAGUGAAAGAGAGAAGCAAAACACAGAAUGCUCUGUACUUUCCCUUGUCUGAGAGAGAGAGAGUCAGUCAGGCCAGGGUGGAGCUUAACAGCUUCCUUCCACUUUGUUUUGCUUUGUCUUUGGCAUUUGAAGUAGAUAAACUGGAUCCUAAACAACGGUCACCCCAUCUCCUCUUUCUUCAUGGCUUAAUAGGUUCACGGAUGGCUUAUUGACCUCAUUUUGAAGAUGUUAGAGUUUAAACAAAUUCCAGGCAGAAG